GCCUUGUAAUCUUCUCUUCUAGAUAUGAAAUAUAGAACUUCUUUGGUUUCUAACAAUUCUAUCUGAAACCUGGCAAUGUCAAAUGUUCAGCAACUGUGGCAUUCUUUAUUAGGUUUGCGUUUGUCCUUGCAUUUCUUUAGGAUUACUUAUAGUUACUCUGAUUUGAUUGCAGAAAUGCUGGUGAUGGAGGCAUUAGAGCCAAGGCUGAGUCUGCCUAUUAUCCGAAGAGAGUUAAAAUCGAGGGAAGCAGUGAGCUAAUUAAUACAAAGGACCAACCUCCAGGAUCUGUUUCAGACAACUCUGAUAAAUCUCGAGUAACCAUCUUGAAGGAUGACAAACUGAAAUGUAAACUUGAAAAUAAAAAUCUUGGCACUGACAUAAUGGAUAUAGUUCAAGGAACAGGUCGUAAAACUUUGAAGAAACUUGCACAUAGCAACCAGGAUGGAAUGUCCUCUAAACAAAGAGAAAAUGCAGCUCGCUUGAGGGUUAAAAAGAUCAUGCGGAGAACUGGUGAUGAGGAUUCAUCAGUGCUAGUUGAAAAGCUAAGGAAAGAAAUUAGAGAAGCUGUUCGUAACAAGUCUUCUGGGGAUAAAGGGGAAAACCAGCUUGAUCCGAAACUUUUGACUGCUUUUAGAGCUGUUGUGACAGGAUCUACAACUGAAACUAAGAAGUUUUCUGUGGAUCUGAAGGCAAAGAGGUCACUGCUGCAGAAGGGAAAAAUACGUGAAAACCUAACCAAAAAAAUUUAUGGUAUUGGAGGAAGACGACGACGAGCAUGGACUCGCGAUUGUGAAAUAGAAUUUUGGAAACACAGAUGCUCAAAAAUGUCAAAGCCUGAGAAGAUUCAGACAUUGAAGUCAGUUCUCGACCUCCUGAGAGAUGAUUCAAAAACUGCAGAGACAAAGCAUGUGAAUGAAGGGGAGGGAAAGUCUUCCAUUCUAUCAAGGCUGUAUUUAGCAGAUAGUUCAGUUUUUCCAAGAAAGGAUGAUAUCAAGCCUGUCUCGUCCCUUGCUAUUGUCGCAGCUGAUCAGAACAAACAAAAUGGAUUGACAUCGAACACUUCAACGUCUUUUCCUAGUCCAUUCAACAUAGUUCCACCAGUAAAUGUGGCGUCUGUGAUGGUGUCUUCUCCCUUGGAAAUUAAGGGGGCCAAGAUAAGUGUCCUGACCACUAAGGCUGAUGCUACCAGAAAUGUACUUUCAAUCAAAGGCGCUGAAAGGCCAUCUGCAUCAACAUCAAGUGGUUCUAAAUUGUGUAUCAAGGAGGAAGCAGCUAUAAAAUGUGAUAAUACAAAGAGUGAUAAGAGGAAGUGGGCCCUAGAGGUUCUUGCUAGAAAAACAGCAACAACAAGCAAGAGUGGCGCCCUGGAAAAUGAAGAGGACAGUGCAGUGCUGAAACAUAAUCAUCCUUUGCUAGCUCAGCUACCUAAAGAUAUGCGGCCAGCUUUGGCAACCAGUCGUCAUAAUAAAAUCCCCAUGUCCGUUAGGAUGGCUCAACUUCACCGUCUCACUGAGCACUUCUUAAGGAAAGCAAAUCUGUCAGUUAUGCGCAGAACAGCAGAAACAGAACUGGCUAUUGCAGACGCUGUUAAUAUUGAAAAGGAGGUUGCUGAUAGGUCUAAUAGUAAACUAGUAUAUAUAAACCUCUGCUCACAAGAGCUGCUGCGUAGAUCAGAUAAUGCCAGUAAUGUUGGUGUGGCAGAGUCAAAUCCCUGCCAAACUUCAGAAGUUCUAACUAACUCAUCCGAAGAAUUAAGCGAGGUCCAUUCUUCUGAUCCAGCAGUCAAUGAAGCGCUAAGAAAUGCAGGACUUUUGUCUGAUUCACCUCCAAAUAGUCCAAAUUGCCCACUGGAGGAAGACAAAGAGGAAAUUUGCGUAUCAAAAGAAGUUGAAGAUCACGGGCCCGAGAAUGUGUUUGAAGUAGAUGCUCCUCCAGAACUUGAUAUAUAUGGGGAUUUUGAAUAUAAUUUGGAGGAUGAUGACUUUUCUGGUGCUGGCACUUCAAUGAUCUCUGCGCUGCAGCCAGGAGAAUCUAAAAUGAAAGUUGUCUUCUCCACAAUCAACCCUGUGGGAUAUGAUGGCUCUAUGGAACUUGAAAAUCAUGAAAAACAGGACGUUCUUGAAGGUCCUGUAGGCUCAUCUUCGUUGAUUGGGUGCGAAACUAGUGGUAGAGUUGGAAGCUCAACUGCAGCUGGCAAGACUGAAAAUUGCCUUAGUCAUAGUUCCCCUGUCGAUGAAGAGCUCUCCGGUGUAGACUCUGAAGAGUUGUACGGACCUGAUAAAGAGCCGCUGAUUGAGAAGUACCCUGAGAUGGCAUCACUCAAGCUUAAUGAACUGGCUAUGAACAAUGAAGUUCAACAAAGCAAUGGAGUUGAUGAAUCCAAACAGGCUUUAAAGUCCUCGGAGCAGGCAAAUGACAGCAGCUCUACUGCUUCCAAAUGCCCAAACUCACCUAGCCAGUUAGCAAGAAAUGAAAAUCUCCAAAUUAACAAGAUAUCAAAAUCCCGUGCUGAAAAGGAAUCAGGCAGCAAUAACUCUGUAGCAACGAAGGUUGAAGCAUAUGUGAAGGAGCACAUCAGGCCACUUUGCAAGAGCGGAGUGAUCUCUGUUGAACAAUACAGAUGGGCUGUUGGCAAAACUACUGAGAAAGUCAUGAAGUAUCACCCAAAGGACAAAAAUGCUAAUUUUCUCAUCAAGGAAGGCGAGAAAAUUAAGAAACUUGCAGAGCAGUACGUCGAGGCAGCUCAACAUGUAACAAAAGACUAAUAAGUAGCUGCCUAGUGAUAGCUACGCGAUGUACAGCUUUUGAAUCCUGCCUUUUCUUUUCUGUUCUUUCCAUAUUGCUUCAGUUUUUGUAUUCAUGCCGAAGCUUUAAAUAGUUACACUCUGGGACUAGGGUGAUGUAAAUGUAAUUUUGUCAUCAUUUGGAGGGAACAUACAUUGUAUUUAUGAUUUAGUUGUAUAAAGAUAAGAAACCAUAGAGAUGCCUAAGGGGCAGUGGAAGCUUCACUGCAUUUUUGUGUAACCUACGCAGUCCUUAAUUUAAUACAAAUGUGCUUUUCUCCUUUAAUCAAGGGGAAUAAAUUUUAUCA